CGGGUGCGACCAGCACUACGUCUGUGCUUGGAAAGCAUGAAUGUGGCCCACAGUAGCAGCCAGGUUAGUGUGGCCUGACGCUUAGGCACGUUGGCUAGACUUACCAUGGAGUAAACACAUGCCAUGGGUACGGCAGUACGCAUGGGUACAUUAUGUAAGCCGUGCCGCACCAAGGCUACAGGUCGGUGCUAUGGAUCUUGCAGAAAGGGCGACAAGGCGAAGGAAAAGCAGAAGCGGAAGCGGAAGCGGAAGCGGAAGCGGAAGCGGAAGCGGAAGCAGAAGCAGAAGCAGAAGCAGAAGCGGAAGCGGAAGCGGAAGCAGAAGAAGCAGCAGUGGAAGACGAAGACGACAACGAGGACGAGGAAGAAGAGGAAGAAGAGGAAGAGGAAGGAGGAGCACGAGGAGCAGGAGGAGCAGGAGGAGCAGAAGGAGCAGGAGGAGCAGGAGGAGCAGGAGGAGCAGGAGGAGGAGGAGGAGGAGGAGGAGGAGGAGAGACGGGCCGAAGACAACGACGACGACGAGGACGAGGAAGAAGAGGAAGAGGAAGAGGAAGAAGAGGAAGAGGAAAAGGAAGAAGAGGAAGAGGAAGAGGAAGAAGAGGAAGAGGAAGGAGGAGCAGUAGGAGCAGGAGCAGAAGGGGCAGGAGCAGAAGGGGCAGGAGCAGAAGGGGCAGAAGCACGAGGAGCAGGAGGAGGAGGAGGAGGAGGAGGAGAAGGAGCAGGAGGAGCAGAAGCAGCAGGAGGAGCAGGAGCAGCAGGAGCAGCAGGAGCAGGAGCAGGAGCGGCAGGAGGAGCAGGAGCAGCAGGAGCAGGAGCAGGAGGAGGAGGAGGAGAAGAGACGGGCCGAAGACGACGACGACGACGACGAGGACAAGGAAGAAGAGGAACAGGAAGAGGAGGAAGAAGAGGAAGAGGAAGAAGAGGAAGAGGAGGAAGAGGAGGAAGCGGGGGAAGAGGAGGAAGAGGAAGAAGAGGAAGAGGAAGAGGAAGAAGAGGAAGAAGAGGAAGAGGAAGGAGGAGCAGAGCAGAAGGAGCAGGCGGAGAAGAGGAAGAGGAAGAAGAGGAAGAGGAAGGAGGAGCAGGAGGAGGAGGAGGAGGAGGAGGAGAAGGAGAAGGAGAAGGAGAAGGAGGAAGAAGGAAGAAGAAGAAGAAGAAGAAGAAGAAGAAUGGGAAUGUAUAUUGGGUUCAGUAGGAGGUACGUAUAUAGUAAACUAAGUGGAGGGUA